GGCGCGGCGUUGCCCGUGGUAACCAGCGCAAACCCUGCACAGUGGGGGCCAGGGGCUGCGAGGGAGAAGUCGGAGCGACAUGUCGGAAAAAAUGAGAAAAGCCAGUGGAUCAUUGUUGAAGAAGAGUAAUUUGCCACUUAAUGCCAGAAAAUGGUCAGCAGACCCACUGGCUUCAAUUGAAACUGAAUACAUAAAGAAUCUUCGGCAGCAAAUUUGUCUGUUGGAAUUAGAAACUAGUUUCCUACGGCAACAGGCUAAGAAAGCUGCAAGCAUCCCACCACAAAUUGCACAGGAGGCCGAGAAAAUGUUGAAGGAAAUGAAGGAGCUGCAAGCUGAAAUUGAACUCAUCCAGCUAGAAAUUAGAAAGAGAGACACCCGAAUUGCAACAUCAAAGUCUGAGAAGGAACUUUUCUACAGAAAUCUUUGUUCAGCACAAGAGUCUAGGUCAAGAGAGAAGAAAUUAUUGAUGGAAGAAUUAGUUCAAAUUAAGAAACUAAAGGAAAUUGCUAACCAAGAUAUAACUUACAAAGAGUCUGAACUAGUGAAUAUCAAGCAGGAACUGGAAAGGACAACUGCCCAGGCAAAUGAUGAAAUACAUCAAGUUUAUUUGCUAGAAACACAGCUUAAUCAACAUGUUGAGAAGCAUCAAGCUACAGAAGUUCAGCUUGGAGAAAAAAAGCUGGAGUUGUUUAAUGCCCAAGUUGCACUUCGUCAAUGUGAGGAGAAAUUCUACACCAGUACCGUAUCCAUGCAAGACCACAUUGCUAGAGAACUGCGAAAUGAAAUCAACAGCCUGCAGCAAAAGCUGAGGGACCAAGAGGUGUUGGCAGAGGAAGAUACAUUUCUUAGAAAUAAAGAGGCAGAUGACUGUUGCCGCUUAAUAAAAGAAAAUUCUAUUUUGCACUCCCAGGUGAUGGAACUAACACAAGAUGUGGAGAGUGCUCAAGCAGCUAGGGAUCAGAAGAAUUCUCAGCGUUCAAACAGCAUUGCACAAUUAACUUCUCUGAAGGAGAACGAGAGACAGCUUGAAUUGGAAUUAGUCUAUUUAAAAAGAGUUAUCGAGGAAGAGGAGAAAAAGGCUGUCAAUGCCUUGAAACAGCUUCAACAUCUAGAGCAAGGAAAGAGUUCUGUGGAGCUGAACAGGCAAUCACUUCAGAACCAACUAAUUACAUUGGACAAACACCUUUCCAGUAUCAAGCUGGAAAACUCCCAACUCAAGACAGAGAAAACAAGUCUAGUUGAAUACAUCUCUGAAUUACAUAAACAGAACUCAGAAAAAGAUGUUGAAAUUCUUCGGAUGAAAGGAUACAUCCAUACACUAGCUCAGGACCUGGGCAGCCUAAAAUCUCAACUCAAGGCGGAAAGUUCCCUUCGAUCAGAAAGUUGCAAGGAAAUCUCCUGCAUUGCUGACACCAUGAAGCAAGUUGCAAAUACUAUGACCAGAAGGAACAAUAGAAACACUACAAUUCUUAAUUUUUCAAAAUAAUGCAUGAUAUUUUAAGGCUCAAGCUUUGGAAUAUUCACUGAAAUGGUCAGGAUUUUGAAUUAGAGUGAGACAUCAGUUUUCAACCGUGCAAUUAAACUUAAAUGAAAAAGAUUCCAAA